AUGGCUGGCUCGCCUGGUGAGGAUGCUUUGGGCACUAUCCUGUUGCAGUCGAGCCUCCAUAUCGCCGCCGACCAUGCUCGCGCAGGGCCUUCGCUGGAAGUGCUCCAGCCUGACAGCUUAGAAGUGCCGAUCGGUCGCGGCGUGCUCGUGGCUGUAGUUGUUCUGUUUUGCCUCAUGCUGCUGCAUGAGCUGUACGUGGAAAUGGGAGGGAAGCCUCUGCUUGCAAGACGUGAUGGCAGCAACUCCACACUUCUUCAGAUAAGCAUUCAACUCACCUGGCUCCUCCCAACAGUGAGCACCACGGUGGUGAUCCCGGUUUGCCGGGAUUAUGCUUUGGCUGUGGGGGAAUCCGCUACCGCAAGUGGACUCAUGAUUGGCGUUGUUCCCUUGGGUGCGCUGAUCGGCAUGUUGGCUGGCAAGGGGCUGGUUACUGAGAAUGACUGGAAUCAGCGCUAUGCUCGGAAGAUUGUUCUCUACCUCCAUGCACUUCAGGUAUUCUCAAUGCCUGCCAUGGCCCUGAUCAUCCAGGCUUCUGUGGAAUGGAGCCCUCAUGGCAAGCGCCUAUCAUUUUGGGGCGUUUUAUCUUUGUAUUUCCUCACCGUGCUUAUUGGCAGUAUGAUCAUGGUUCCAUGGCGCACCAUGUGGAAUUUGGCUACACCCCAAACUGACAAGACGUUUUGGUCGAUGAUGACACAGGGUUCAAAAGCAUUCGGCUUCGUAGGGGGGCCGAUCCUUUUUGCCUUUGUCAGUUUCCUCGUCGGUGGGGGGCAGGCCAGUCACGUGUCACCAAUCAGCAUGAUGAGCUGGGCGUUCAUUGGUGGUUUCUUCAUCAAUGCCAUCGAGUUACUGCUCGCUUUCUCCGUCUUCCCGACCGUAAUGCAGCAAGCAGACAGCGGCUCAGGUCAGCUGCAGGCAGGAAGCGAAUGCGAAGUGGAAACUCGGGUUGAACGCCUGCCGCCCUCCGCACGCGAGAGACUGGUCUGGAAUAUCGUGUACUAUUGCUACGAGCGCGGCUUCACCAUGUCCGCAAUGGAGGUGUCCAUCACUAUGAUGUUGCAAGACUCGUACGGCUGGACUGAAGCCCUCAGUGGACUAUCUUUCGCUAUUGUCGGAGCUGGGGGCAUAGUUAUGACAGGCGUCUGCGCUUUUCUAGCAUCUUGGAAGUUGGUUACCGAGUCCUUGAUCUUUUUGAGCAUUAUGUGUCUGGGAGCCUGUAGUUCCCUUUUGCUCUUUCGCUUUCAAUUUCUUGGCCCUUACAGCCUGCUUUUUGCUGCCAUCGUCCUUUACGGCGGGGCCAGCGUUGCCAACGGUAUUGCAGAGGGCUGGGCCUGCUGUGCAGCAACCGCGCGUACGAGCUACAGCAUCAAGGCGUAUCUAACGCACAGCAUGAUUGGCUUCAGCAUAUCCCGCUUUGGCGGACCGAUCGUCGCGGAAUCCCUGCUGGACAAAGGUGGCCAGAACCUCUACGCUGUGGUGCAGUCUGCUCUCUGCUUCCUGGCAGCAGGACUGGUAUACCGCACCGUCUCUUUGGUAUGGUAUGGAAGGGCUUGUGAAGAUCAUCUGAGAGUCGGAGACUUUCGUAGAAGCCUUUGA